GCUGGUUGUCUAUGGGCCGUCUUUUGGUUUAUUUUUGUGUCAGAUGACCCUCGUACCCAUCGUCGAAUCAGCAAAAUGGAGAGAGAUUACAUCAUAAACUCUCUUGGACCUCAGGGCACAGGUCAUGGCUGGUCCAUGCCGGUGCUGUCUAUGAUGCUGUCUGUCCCUCUGUGGGCCAUCAUCAUCGCGCAGAUGUGUUCAGGCUGGGGCUACUACACCCUGCUCACCUCUCUGCCCACAUACAUGGACAACAUCCUGCACUUUGACCUCAAGUCGAACGGCUUCCUGUCCGCCCUGCCGUACCUCGGUGGCUGGUUAAUCUCCAUACUGUCGGGAUUUGUGGCUGACAACCUCAUUGAGAGGAGGGUGUUCAGUGUCACUGUCGUACGCAAGCUCUUCACCCUCAUAGGCGAGUGAACUACAUCCUCGGAUCCUCUUACAUACGUGUGCAU